AUUUCGAGAUACAACCAUCGAAUACUCCCACCCUCUCAGCCGGGCAUUCUAUCUCGCUCUACAAGGUCAUCACUACCACGAUCAUGGCUUCCACAAGAAAGGUUCUCGUCCUGGGCGCGACAGGCAAGCAAGGCGCCGCCGUCGUUGACGCCCUUCUCGACCUCCCACCCAGCUCACCGCCUCUCGAGAUCCUCGCCCUAACACGAAGCCCCGAAUCUGCAAAGAUCAAGUCCCUUAUCGAGACAGCAAGGGCUAAGAGCGUCACCGUAACACCCGUCCAGGGAGACCUCAAGGACUCACCCGCACCAGUCUUCGAAGCCCACCCCCGGAUCGACACGGUCUUUAUCGUAACCACCAUCGGCAACGAGGACGUCAUCGGGAAAGCCUGGGUUGACACCGCCAUCGACAAGGGAGCAGCCUCGCAGAUCGUCCUGACGUCCGUCGACCGUGGCGGCGAGGAUAAGUCGUGGGGAAACUCUACCGACGUGCCGCACUUCUUGCAAAAGCACGCCAUCGAAGUGCACCUCCGCGAUCGUGCAGACGAGCUAGAGAAGAACGGCAGGAAACUGCGCUGGACUAUCCUGCGCCCGACGGCGUUCUUGGAUAACACCAACCCAGGAAUGUUUGGCAAGGUGUUUGCGGCCAUGUGGUCCACACUGCCCGCCGAUCGGAGUCUGCAGCUCGUCUCGGUGCGGGAUAUCGGACUCUUCGCGGCCAAAGCCGUUGGUAACCCUGAGAAAUGGGAUCGGAGAGCUGUGUCGCUUGCAGGAGACAGUAUUACCUACGCUCAGGCGAGAGAGACGUUUAAGAAGGUCGUUGGGAGCGAUAUGCCGCAGACGUACACCAUCUUCGGGCAGGGUAUGCUCUGGGCUAUCGCAGAUGUAGGCAAAAUGUUUGAGUUCUUUAGAACUGAGGGCUACGGAGCGGAUAUCCAGGUUUUGAGGAAGGAGGAGCCGCGGUUGCAGACUUUUGAAGCUUGGCUGAAGGAGAGUAGUGGGUGGAAGAAUGAGAUAAGCGCUCUUUGAUAAUUGGAUCAUGGAAUCAAGGAACAUAGUAUCUCAAAUGACGCUGCGCAGACAGUUUAUCUGCAGAUUACUGUCAAAUACCUUGGUUGCCCCACUGUGGUGCUGAAUCUUGUGUGUUUUCAUCGAUCCUCAGUAUCACCUGCUGUUGAUCACCGCU